AUGGCUGGUGAAUCAAGCAAUUUCAGUGCCCUGAGUGUGCCGAAAUUCGACGGAGACUACGAUCAUUGGAGUUUGUUGAUGGAGAACCUGCUGCGUUCAAAGGAGUAUUGGUGUGUGAUUCAACCAGGUUACAAGGAACCUGGAGCUAACGAAGAGCUAACCGGGCCGCAGAGAAAGGCGCUGGAUGAAGCAAGGCUGAAGGAUCUGAAAGCAAAGAACUACCUGUUUCAGUCCAUUGAUAAGUCUAUUCUUAAGACUAUCACUCAAAAGGAGACGGCAAAGAAACUUUGGGACUCGAUGAAAAUCAAGUACCAAGGUAACGAGAGGGUGAAGCGUGCUCAGUUGCAGAGGCUGAGAAGAGUGUUUGAGACUUUGGAGAUGAAGAUGGGAGAGACUGUGACAGACUAUUUCGGAAGAGUUAUGGCCACGGCAAAUGAUAUGCGAAACUAUGGAGAAAGUAUGGAAGAUGUGAAGAUAGUGGAGAAAAUUCUCCAAACCUUGACGGAGAAUUUUAACUAG